AUGCGUCGUGAGGGUUACAUUCGUUUGUAUGUAACGCGGUGCUCAUUAAUUCAAGAGGAACAAUGCAAUGAAAUUCUUGUGGUGGAUGAUUUCUACAAAGUUGAUAUGCCUGAUUGGAUGCCUAAGGAUGCGCUAACGGGCCUCUACAAGCUGCAAUACUACGAGAUGAAAGAGUCAGAGGUGGAACAAGACAAGGAAUGGCUUCAUCUCUACGCUCAACUCGCUUUGUUGGCCUUUGGAUUUUACCCGGUGAGGAAAAUAACACUUUUGGACUUGGAGAGGGAUGAUGAAAAAACAGAGCCAUUUGAGCUGAGAAAGAUUGUUGUGCAAACAAAAGAAGAUGUGGAGUCGAAGAACAAGGCCAGAGCCAAGAAUGCAAUCUUCUACAUUAGCUUCAAAUGCAGUGGCGGUCAAGACUACAAGGCUAUCGUUAGGAGAACAACGAAGGAAUGGCCUGAGUAUAUGUCGCUUGAAGUCAAGUGUGUCAUGUGA